AUGGCGAGUAUAGCGGCGGCGAAAAUGACGACUGUGGUGUGUACGGAUAUGGAGGAGAGGAAGGCUGUGGUAAUGGAUGAGGCGCUGGGGGCUGAGGGGAUGGCGGCAGGGGGGAUGGAGGCUGUAGGGGUGGCGGAUAUGGAGGAGGGGAGGGCUGAGGCGCUGGGGGCUGAGGUGAUGGCGGCAGGGGGGAUGGAGGCUGUAGGGGUGGCGGAUAUGGAGGAGGGGAGGGCUGAGGCGCUGGGGGCUGAGGUGAUGGCGGCAGGGGGGAUGGAGGCUGUAGGGGUGGCGGAUAUGGAGGAGGGGAGGGCUGCGGAGAUGAUGGCUGAGGGGAUGGCGGCAGGGGGGAUGGAGGCUGUAGGGGUGGCGGAUAUGGAGGAGGGGAGGGCUGCGGAGAUGAUGGCUGAGGGGAUGGCGGCGUGGGGGGAGGCUGUAGGGGUGGCGGAUAUGGAGGAUGGUAGGUUGGCGGAUAUGGAGGAUGGUAGGUUGGCGGAUAUGGAGGACGGUAGGUUGGCGAAUAUGGAGGACGGUAGGUUGGCGGAUAUGGAGGACGGUAGGUUGGCGGAUAUGGAGGACGGUAGGUUGGCGGAUAUGGAGGACGGUAGGUUGGCGGAGAUGAGAAGGGUGUUGGCGGGUACGAAGGCCUCAGCAGAUCAGGUGGCGAUCGUGGAGGAGCUGGCGGUGGAUACAUGGGAUUUGAAAACAGCGGGUAAGGCGGUAACGGCUGCGAUUCAAGACCUGGCGGAUUGGCCCAUACGGGGUUGGGGUGGGGAGGGUUGGGAGUACGACGCGGCGGCGCUCCUCCAAUAG